AUGACUUCUGUUUCAGCCUCUCAUGAGGAUUGGAGAGUACUCUCAUCAAUAGAGCAAGCAAGCCCCAGAGGUUACCCUCGCUACCUAUUUCCAUUCGAACUCCAGGAUAAUUACAAUCUCGAAGAGAUUGUACACGUGCUGAAAACAGGGUGGGACGCUACUUGUCAGCGCUUUCCCACCCUACGCGCUGAGGUCAUACCGGAUCACGACGCGAAACAAGCUGGCAACCUGAAGUUAAAGGAGCUGGAUGAAGAGAGCUUGAGGGAUAUCAAGCCAAUUGUAGUGAAAGACCUCCGAAAACCAGGGGAAUUUCCUUCCUUUGCCGAUUUGAAGUCUAGGCAUUUUCCCGUUUCGGCGUUGGACGAGAAUCUCCUAACACGCCGAUAUACAUGGCCAGCGCCAGGUGAGCGUAUUCCGAUCAUCUUGAUACAGCUCAACUUCAUACAAGGAGGGCUUAUCCUCAAUUGGAAUCCGUUCCAUGUGGCUGGCGAUGGCAAGACCUUUUACACGUGGACCGAAGUCUGGGCGCAGGAAUGUCGUCGCGCUCAGAACAUCGCGAUCGAGAAUCCCGUCCGGCUCCCGGACGGCAUAUUUGCAGAUAGAGCACACGUCAUGAAUCCUAAAGCCCCCGGUUCAAGCAAAAAAGGGAGGCUUGAGGACCAUCCUCAGUACAAUGUAAUGACUGACCCGGUGAAUCAGUUGCAAAAGCUGUUAAAGCCCGAUGGCCAUGUUGGCCAAAUAUUCUACUUCUCCGAAGAAUCUCUGAAAAGGCUCAAGGAAGAUGCAUAUCCGUAUGGCUUAACUGACGGUGAGCCGUCCUACAUAUCGACCAACGACGCCUUGUCGGUUCUUGCGUGGAGGUCGGUCAUGGCGGCGCAAUUUCCCAUCCAGGAUAUUGAAGGGGAUCCUAUAACAGCUUUCACCCUUUCGGUCGAUGGACGCUACCGUUUGGAGCCGCCCAUAAACGCUGGAACACUCGGCUGCUUUCUGGUGUUCCUCGAGGUGAAAACGUCCCUGCAGAAAAUGCUGGAAACUGAGGAUGUCGGCCACCUCGCAGUUUUGCUGCGCAAAGCAAUACUGAAUGCCAAUAACUACCCGGGAGGCUUCACUAAUGAUAUGAUUACAUUGGUGGACCGCUUAGAGAAUCCUGCUCUACUCGUGCCUGGUGCAUUUCUGGACUCCCCUGGUCUCUGUUGCUCUCAGACAACCUGGGCUAAAUUUGAGCUUUUCGGCCUAGAAUGGGGGCCUCUUCUGGGCAACCAGAUCAAGGCAGUUCGGAGUCCAAGAUGUGGUAUAAUCAAUGGCUUGCAGGUUGUAUUGCCAACAUUACCUGACGGUGGUCGUGAGGUUUUAUUCGGCAUUGAGGAGAGAUGUCUCGAGCGCCUCCUCAAUGAUCCAUUGCUGAGGAAGUAUGCUGAGCCAAGAUAA